CGAUAACAGUGGGGUUCACAUCACACAGCACCCCCUCCAACUCGAACGCCAACUCGAUCUAGAUUUCGACCUCAAUCUCGACCUCGGAAUCGAUUUGGAUUCGGCCAUAAAUUAGUAACCCACACGUCAACAACCAUACUUACGGAGACCUACCUUAGUUUCGGGUGGAUGCGCCAUGCGAGCGCAUGACCCCCUCGGGCCUGCAAGAUGCGGUUCAAGACCGACCUCAAAAAUGUGAGGACGUUUUCAAAACUCACCGCGGCGCUGAACUCGCUCGAGAAGAUCGCAUGGGUGCGACUCGACGAUGACACGGUCCGCUUCACCGUCAUCCCCGACACGGGGUCCCAACUCUCUCUCGGUUGACCUGAUCUUCGACAACUACCACAUCCAGUCCGCCGAGCCGAACAACACCAUCAACCUUGAACUGCCCCUCGGCCCGCUGCAGCGCGCGCUCAAGUCCGCCGUUGGCAGCAGCUAUGCCAACCUGCGCCUCACCAAGCGCGACGGCAUCCCCAUGCUGUCCAUGACCAUCCACACCAUGACCAAGGACAGCGCCCAGGACGCCCGCGGCUUCGGCUUUGGCGGGGGCCCCGGCGGCUUCGCGGGCGCCGCGGGCGGGCGUCACCACCAUCGCAACCAAGCCGACGCCAACGCCGACCCGACUGACCAGGACCCCUUCGCCGACCCGGACCUCUUCCCGCAGGAGUCUCUCGAGCUCACCAUGAAGCGCGAGCGUGAGAAGAUCAUCACCCAGGACAUCCCUGUGCGCGUGCUGCACCCGGACACCGUCGAGACCAUCAUGCAGCCCAAAGUCCGCGAGCCCGACGUGCACAUCCAGCUGCCCCCACUGCUCCAACUCAAAGCCAUCUCAGACCGCUUCACCAAACUAGCCCUCACCGCCAGCAGCAGCGGCGGCGGCAUCACCACCUCCUCCGCCGCCAGCCGCCCCAGCGCCUCCAACCACCCGAAGCUGACGCUCUCAGCCAACAUGCACGGCUCGCUGCGCCUGCGCCUCGCGACCGAGACGCUGGACAUCACGUCGGUGUGGCACGGGCUGGACAACCCGGAGCUGGACCCGAGCCAGCUGGCGAUGCCGCUGGCGGAGCACCCGAGCACGCGCUUCCGCGAGGCCGGGCCGGACCGGUGGGCGACGGUGCGCGUCGACGGGCGCGACUGGAGCCGCGUGCUGAGCGUCGGCCGCCUCGAGGGCCGCGUCAUCGCCUGCUUCGCCGACGAGCACGCCCUGAUCCUGUACGUCUACGUGCCCCACGUCGACGACGUCGCUGCCGAGGACGUCGUGACCUAUUACGUGUCGAGUUAUAGCGCUUGAUUUCCUUUGCUCAAAAAAAGGUUGGUUGUUCUCGGAGCUGGUGCUUAUGGGUUGUUUGCGUCUUUGCUAGCCGGUUUGAGGACAAUAAAAAGGG